AAUUUAUGCUGACAUUUGUGUGUGGAAAAGAAUAGUUAGCUUAACUGUUUGACCUCUUGCAUUAAACUUCUAUGUCCUCAGGAAGCUACUUCCUCAAAAUAUUCUCCAACUACACUAUCAACCAAAGGAUAAUAAUGUUUUAUUACUUAAUUUUUAUAGUGUUUGUCAAGUGAGCUGUGACCUUUGCACCAUUGUUAUACGGCUAUAACUUACUAUAGGACAUUUACAACAUACAGUGAAUAAAAAUAAAGUUUUGCCUAUGUUUGAAAGUAAUGUUGCUGUUUUAUGAUCACAUGAUCCUGGUCCCAACGAUUCAAAAUUAGGUAAUGUAUUUGAGAUUUCACUUUGGAUUUAAAAAGAAGAACCCAAGUUUGAUUAGAAGCCAAAUGUUUUAUUUGCUACAGCAAUCUUAGCAUCAAUAAUUCUGCUGUUAUAUGAGCAAGCUUACAUUUACAUUCAAAAUAAAGCAGCAAGGACGUCAAGGACUCUGGCAUGAUAUUAUCAUAAUCAUUAUCACAGGAUGCUUGCUUUAUUAUCGCAUCAUGCUUAGAAUAUCUCGUUCUAUUUUUAAAAGCAGGCAUUACGCAGUACGUAGUACGUCAUUGUUCCAUUUCGUUUGAAUGUUUAUGUGUUCGCAUGGCGCCCUCUGUCGGAUCAAGAGCGCGUCGCACGUCAUAAAAGCCUCGUUCAUUCAGUCAUGCGCGGCAGGUAAACUUGCCUCAUUAACUACAGAUAUAAUACAGGUGAUGCUAGAGGCUUCUUCCGUUUAUUUUUUAAAAGCAAGCAUCUGACAGCAACGUAGAAAGUUCACGAGCACAAAUCCAAAAUGCCACGGCGGCAUUUAUUGAGUAGAUACAGUCUUUUGAUAUUAAUAUAUUUGACAGGCUGGAUAAGCAGCUUUGAGAUGAACAGAUAUGGCGGCCAGGCAUCCGCAGGCCGUGAACGAUACGCGUUCUUUGCCCUGCGGAGCUGCCAUCAAGUCCUCCGCGAUGACAGCGGUGAGUUUUUCUCCCCCGACUUUCUGUGCUCAAACCCCCCCGUGUGGUGCAACUGGACCAUCCAGGUGCAUCCGGGCAAGCGUCUGGAGCUCUACCUGGAGGACUUGACUCCCUCAGACGCCUGUCAGCUGAAGAGCGAUCAGAUCCACCUGGACGAGUCUCCGGUGGCUGCGGGAGGACAGAGGAUCCUGGAAAGAUGCUGGAGAAAGGCUAGAUACACCUCUGUGUCCAAUACGGUUCAGGUGGUGCUCCUCAUCAACGGGAACCGGCCCGACCCGUACAGGGGCUUCUAUGGAAGCUAUAAAGCUUUCGGCUCCCUGGAUUCUCCUGAUCCCCUAUAUGAAGAAGUUCCUACAGACGUGGUAGAAGCAGCAUUCGAUGAUGAUGGAGAUGAAACGGAUGCAGUUACAGAUCCUCCACCAGGUGUGAGAGACGUCACAGCAGAUUCCCAGCCAUCAGGAGUGAACACACAAACCACUUCUGCUGGUCUGACCAGCUCUGUGAAGUUUGGAUCCUCAGUGACCAAUGAACUUCCUUUAUUGGAAUCCUGGGAAAAGAAUCCAACGACGGAUUCAUCUCCUCGAGCUCUAGUGUCUGGUUACCACAGUAACGGUGCAUUCGAUGAUGAUGAUGAUGAUGAUGCAUACUAUGAUGACAAUUUCUACGAGACCCAGCAAAACCAAGCAGGAAGUGGACCGGCUCAAAUACGGCCCAUAUAUCAAGCGGCUUACGCAGAAAUCUCAGACGUGACCCUCAGCGCGCACACGCGCAUGCCACGUGUCAAAUCCGCCGCUCGCUCUCCAUCUGCCAUGCGUAGGAAUGUGGAUGCACAGGCACACUCUUCAGGUCAAACUAAGCCAGUUGGAGCCAGAAUGGCGCCUGAUGGAGGAGUGAGAUGGGUGAAAGUGGAACCACGGGACGAUGGUGAAGGCGUUUCCAUUGGGAUGACGGCUACUGAGAGCAGCGUCACAUUACCUGUAAUGCAACCUAAAUUACACCGCAAAUCAAAAGAGCAAAUUCACUACCAGCAGACCUUACGAAAUCACACCAACAACAGGCAUUUACCUGGGGAGCUGCUGUUUGAGGUGAGUGUGGAGGUCAGUCUGAAGCGUGAAGAUCAUGAAGAAUCCUCGUCCCUCAGAUCUGCUCUAGACACCAUGAUACGAGAAGAGUUUGGACGUCUCACUCCAAAUAGCCUGGACUUCAAAAGACUAAAAAAGUUAAGUUCUGGUGUUUUGUUCAUCGUGUGGAUGCAGUUUGAGAAGGCGGCUGUAGGGCUGCAGACGCACAGGGAUCUUCAGGCCACGCUGCAGGGGCUGCAGGGCAGAACCAUCAAAUCCGAAACAACCAGAACUCAGGGUGUCAUUGCGUCUGUCUCUACUGAAGACAUCAAUGAGUGUGAGACGCAAAUGGUGGUGUGUGAUGCUCACGCUGAGUGUGUGAAUCAGUUUGGAUCGUACUCCUGUCACUGUCUUUAUGGUUACCGUGAUGUUCCACAUGGGCCGGGAGCCAGCAUUUGUGUGGCGUCUGCUGACCCUGACUGUAGUUGGAAAUCAUCUCCCACAGUCCUCGGGGGCGUUUAUGCUGUCGUCGGCCUACUUGUGUUGCUCAUCGUGCUGUUGCUGUUGGUGGUGUAUUUUCUGCAUCAUCGAUACUAUAGAGGCUCGUUCCUUCCUCGCUGCCAAAAAUCAAGUGCUAGCAGUGUAGUUGAAACUGCUGCCAAUGACAACAAUAACACUGGAAAUAAUGAUAGCGGCAGUGCGAACCCAUCCAUAUUCCCCCCGCCACCUCCUUCAGUGAGGAUGUCCAAAGACAGCCAGCGCUCUCUGGACCUGCCAUUAUUACGCUUCAGCUCUCUAGUGCCUCCUGAUGGAUUUAGAAGUAAAAUACAUUCAGAGAAACACCAGUUUUGACUGUUUCACAGUGUUACUCUUAUCUGAGAGUACUGUCACUAAAUGCACUGCACCUCA